AUGUCUCAAGAAGAUCAGGUCAAGAACGUUAACGAUGCAAUCGCCAACCUACAUUUAGACGAAGCCACUGGCGAAAUGGUGUCCAAGUCUGAGUUGAAAAAACGUAUCAAGCAAAGACAAACCGAAGCCAAGAAAGCUGCUAAGAAGGCUUCUGCGCAACCUAAACCAGAGCCAAAGAAGAAGGCCAACGACGCUUUUGCCGAUUUGGACCCUUCCCAGUACUUCGAGGCCAGAUCCCGUCAAAUCCAAGAGUUGAAGAAAACUAAGUCUCCAAACCCAUACCCUCACAAGUUCCAUGUUUCGACUCCACUAAGCGGCUUUUUGCAAAAAUACGCUCAUUUGCAAAGAGGUGAGACCUUGCCCGAGGAAAAGGUCUCUAUCGCCGGUAGAGUCCACGCCAAGAGAGAGUCCGGUUCCAAGUUGAAGUUUUACGUCUUGCACGGUGACGGUGUCGAGGUGCAAUUGAUGUCGCAAGUGCAAGACUACAGCGACGAAUCCGCUUACGAGACCGACCACGACCUAAUCAAGAGAGGUGACAUCGUCGGUGUCGAAGGUUACGUUGGAAGAACUCAACCUAAGAAGGGUGGUGAAGGUGAGAUCUCCGUUUUCGUUUCUCGUAUCCAAUUGUUGACCCCUUGUCUGCACAUCCUCCCAGCCGAUCACUUCGGUUUCAAGGACCAAGAAACCAGAUACAGAAAGCGUUACUUGGACUUGAUCAUGAACAAAGAUGCCAAACCUCGUUUCGUCACUCGUUCCAAGAUCAUCUCCUUCAUUAGAAGAUUCUUGGAUGAAAGAAGCUUUAUCGAAGUUGAAACACCUAUGAUGAACGUCAUUGCUGGUGGUGCUACUGCCAAGCCAUUCGUCACUCAUCACAACGACCUAAACAUGGACAUGUUUAUGAGAAUCGCCCCAGAAUUGUUCUUGAAAGAACUUGUUGUCGGUGGUAUGGACAGAGUCUAUGAAAUUGGCAGACAGUUCAGAAACGAAGGUAUUGACAUGACCCACAACCCAGAAUUUACCACUUGUGAGUUCUACCAAGCCUACGCGGAUGUUUACGACUUGAUGGACACUACGGAGUUGAUGAUUUCCGAGAUGGUCAAGGAGAUCACAGGCUCCUAUGUUAUCAAGUAUCACCCAGAUCCUCAAGAUCCAUCCAAGGAACUAGAAUUGAACUUCACCAGACCUUGGAAGAGAAUUAACAUGAUAGAGGAAUUGGAAAACCGACUAAAUGUCAAAUUCCCAGCUGGCGACCAGCUUCACACUGCCGAAACUGGUAAUUUCCUCAAGAGAGUUUUGAAAGAAAACAACCUGGAAUGUCCUCCACCCUUGACAAACGCUCGUAUGUUGGACAAGCUAGUGGGUGAACUAGAAGACACCUGUAUCAACCCAACAUUCAUCUUUGGCCAUCCACAAAUGAUGUCUCCAUUGGCCAAAUACUCCAGAGACACUCCAGGUUUGUGUGAGCGUUUCGAAGUUUUCGUCGCCACGAAGGAAAUUUGCAAUGCUUACACUGAGUUGAACGAUCCUUUCGACCAAAGAAACCGUUUUGAAGAACAAGCCAGACAAAAGGACCAAGGUGACGAUGAAGUUCAGCUAAUCGAUGAAACCUUCUGCAAUGCUUUGGAAUACGGGCUUCCACCAACCGGUGGCUGGGGCUGUGGUAUCGACAGACUAGCCAUGUUUUUGACUGACUCGAACACCAUCAGAGAAGUUCUACUAUUCCCAACCUUGAAGCCUGACACCCAAAGGGACGUCGAAGAGGAAAAGGACAACUGA